CUCCUCCAUGGACCUCCUAGCACAACCCAGCUCAUUCUCCCCAUGAGGUCGUUGCAACCAGCACGCAACUCUGCUCGCUGCGUGCCGCAGUCCCCCACCCCUCACUGACCCUCCCCUCACCGACCCUCCCCCACAAGCCCUCCCCCCGCCAAUCGCAUCCCUCUCACUCCGCCGACUCUCUUCCCUCUCACUCCGCCGUCCCUCUUCCCCCUCUCACUCCCUCGUCCCAUUCCCUCUUCCCCCCCUCUCCCCCCCGGUCGCGCCCCGCUCAUGAUCUGUCGCACCAUAAGCCCGACACUCCGCCCGACGUCAUCUCUCCUUCCUAAUACCCCCAUUCCCUCCUAUACACUCUUCCCCAGCUUCCUCGCCGCCGUCGGGCUUCAAGGCAUCCUGCUCCCCAUACACCCCUCCUCCGUCCUCGCAUACUCUGCGCUGCCAUCCUCGCACACGCUGCGCCGCCCGACGCCACCCCGUAGCCCUCCCCGCACGUCGGCCGAGGUAUUUUCCUCUUCCCGUCCCCCUGAACAUAUCCCUCGCGUCCGCGCCCACCACUCACGACCACGCUCACCACUCACGACCACGCCCACCACUCACGACCACGCCCACCGCUCACGACCGCGUGCUUCAUUCCCGAUGGCACCCUCCCCCCGUGGUGCGAGAGAACGAGGACAGGACAGCGCGCAUCACUCCCGACAGACGCUAUAUCCCCACAGCCAUCCGACGCUGGGAGGAGGUAGGAGGGAUGGACCAGUAGAGGAGGGAGGGCGAGGGCCGAAGAAACCAGAGAAGCGGUACAGGAAGAAAGGAGGGGUAGAAAUGCAGGGUCGAAGCGGAAGCAAUGGGAAGAGGGAAGAGAUGAAUGGGGCGGGGACCUCCACCUCACCUGCCAGCGACGAGGGGAAUUCCGGGUUUGCCUGUCUCCACCCUACGCCCAUCCUCCGCCUGACCAAAUGCGCACGUGCGCCUGCCUGUCCGAUUACGCCCAUCGUCUCCUUCGAGGUCACCCGCGUCCCCGCUACAUCUCGCACCGUCCGCGCCUUCCCCGCACCGUCCGCCUUCACUACCUCCCCUUUGACGGGCCCGUGCCUUCCCCAGCGCGCCGCCCGCCCCACCUCCCCACCGACGGCUGAGCGCGUCCCCGCGAUUGCGCCCUUCCCAUUGCAUAUCCUAUGUCUGCGCUCCACCCGGCCUCGCUGUCGCGCAGCGCUCCGCCCAUUCCCGCUGGCCGCCGUCCUCGCUGACCGCGGUACGCACCGCCCCACCGCCCCACCGCUUCCGCCCACGCCCAAGCUUGAGCCCGACAACCUCCUGGAAGAUCGCAUCCCGCAUAUCCCGUCGACCUCCUGCAAGAUCAAGCUAGGAUUUCGUCGACUUCCUGGAAGAUCAGACUACGCAUAUCCCGCCAGGGGUGGAGGAGCGGAGCCAGAGAAGGAGGAGAAGGAGAUUCAGCUGGGAAGGGAGAGAAGGGAGGGGAGGGCGGGAAGGGAAGUGAAAGAGGCGAAGCGGGUGAGGGGAGAAGGGAGGGCAGGGGAGAACGGGGAAGAAGAGGACGAGACAGAGGAGGAUGGGAAAGGGGAAGGGAGGGACGAAGGCGGCGUUGGAGGGAAGCGCGACUAUGGUAGGGAAGGAUGA